CAGUGCCCUGACAGGAAAGGCGUUGCUGAUUUCUUGCAAGAGGUCACAUCAAAAAAGGAUCAACACCAAUAUUGGAUGCUCAGAGAUGAACCUUACAGGUUCAUUACAUCAAAGGAAUUUGCAGAGGCAUAUCAAUCCUUCAAUGUUGGAAGGGAAGUGGCAGAGGAACUGUCAGUCCCAUUUGACAAGAGCAAAAGCCAUCCGGCCGCCUUGACGACUCAAAUGUAUGGCAUAGGAAAGCGACAACUCCUAAAAGUAUGCACACAGAGAGAGUUUUUGCUCAUGAAGAGAAAUUCAUUCGCUUACAACUUCAAAUUCUUCCAGCUGAUGGUGAUGGCUUUGAUUACAAUGACCAUGUUUUUCCGUACUAAGAUGAGCAAAGACAAUGAGACUGAUGGAGGGAUAUAUAGUGGUGCCCUAUUCUUUGGUGUGAUUAUGAUUAUGUUUAAUGGCAUGUCUGAGACUCCCAUGACAAUUUUCAAGUUACCUGUGUUCUACAAGCAGAGGGACCUCCUAUUUUUUCCUCCCUGGGCAUAUGCUCUUCCUUCCUGGAUUCUUAAAGUUCCCAUUACGUUUAUAGAAGUCAGUGUCUGGGUGUUUCUCACUUAUUAUGUCAUUGGAUUUGAUCCUAAAGUCGGCAGAUUGUUCAAACAAUUCUUGCUACUAGUGAUGGUAAACCAGAUGGCUUCAGCAUUGUUCCGAUUUAUUUCAUCCGUUGCUAGAACUAUGGGAGUUGCAAUGACAUUUGGAUCCUUUGCAGUUCUUCUCCAAGUUGCUCUAGGAGGUUUUAUCCUUGCACGAGAGGAUGUGAAGAAGUGGUGGAUUUGGAUGUACUGUUCUUCCCCAUUAAUGUAUUCUCAGAAUGCAAUCCUUGUGAAUGAAUUUAAGGGGCACAGCUGGAGAAAAAAUGCAACGUCUAGCACAGGAAUACUUGGAGAUGUUGUCAUGGAAUCCAGAGGAUUUUUCGCUGAAGCAAAAUGGUAUUGGAUUGGUCUGGGAGCACUUGUUGGAUACACAAUCAUUUUCAACAUAUGUUACAUGUUAGGGCUCCAGUAUCUUAAUCCAUAUGGUAAACCUCAAGCCAAUGUAGCCGAAGCUGAUGAAAGCGGAGAGAUGAGUACUCUAAACUCAUCAAACUCUUUGGACCAAACCACUGCUAAUGGAGUUACUGAGACUAAGAAAAGGGGAAUGGUCCUUCCAUUUGAACCAUAUUCGUUGACGUUUGACAAUGUUGUAUACUCUGUUGACAUGCCACAGGAAAUGAAAGAGCAGGGUACUUCUGAGGAUAAAUUGGUAUUGUUGAAGGGUGUAAGUGGAGCCUUUAGGCCUGGUGUUCUUACAGCUUUGAUGGGUGUUAGUGGGGCUGGAAAAACAACCUUGAUGGAUGUGUUGGCAGGAAGAAAAACUGGUGGAUAUAUAGAAGGUGACAUGAAAAUUUCUGGUUAUAAAAAGAAACAAGAAACAUUUUCCCGUAUCUCAGGGUAUUGUGAGCAGAAUGACAUCCACUCUCCUUUUGUUACUGUUUAUGAGUCCCUGGUCUACUCAGCAUGGCUACGUUUACCAGAUAGCGUUGAUUCUAAAACCAGAAUGAUGUUUGUGGAUGAAGUAAUGGAGUUAGUUGAACUAGCCCCAUUGAAAUAUGCCCUUGUUGGGCUUCCUGGAGUUAAUGGUCUCUCAACGGAGCAACGAAAAAGGCUCACAAUUGCAGUUGAGUUAGUAGCAAACCCAUCUAUUAUUUUCAUGGAUGAGCCAACUUCAGGGCUUGAUGCUAGGGCAGCUGCCAUUGUGAUGAGAACUGUGAGGAACACUGUUGACACAGGAAGAACAGUUGUUUGCACCAUCCAUCAACCUAGCAUUGACAUUUUUGAAGCUUUUGAUGAGUUAUUCUUAAUGAAACGAGGUGGGCAAGAGAUUUAUGUUGGACCGUUGGGACACCAUUCAUCUCAUUUGAUCAAAUACUUUGAGUCAAUGAAUGGCGUUUCAAAAAUAAAGGGUGGCUACAAUCCGGCAACUUGGAUGUUGGAAGUGACUAGUUCAGCUCAAGAAGUAGCGCUUGGUGUCGAUUUUGCUGAGGUGUACAAUAACUCGGACUUAUUUAAGAGCAAUAAAUCAUUGAUUUUAGAGCUAAGUACACCUCUCCCAGGGAGCAAUGACUUGUACUUCCCUACUCAGUUCUCCCAAAGUUUCUGGAGCCAGUGUAUGGCUUGCCUCUGGAAGCAACACUUGUCGUACCGGCGCAACACAUCUUACACCGCAGUGAGGUUUCUCUUCACAACACUUAUAGCCGUUACAUUCGGAACCAUAUUUUGGAACCUGGGUACCAAAACUAAACGGAGACAAGAUCUGAUGAAUGCCAUGGGAUCCAUGUAUUCUGCGGUGUUAUUCCUCGGUGUGCAAAACUCUUCAUCAGUUCAGCCCGUGGUAUCAGUCGAACGUACUGUCUUCUAUAGGGAGAAGGCUGCUGGAAUGUUUUCUGCCCUACCAUAUGCCUUUGCACAAGUGGCUAUUGAAAUCCCCUACGUAUUUAUGCAAUCUUCUGUAUAUGGCUUGGUUGUUUAUGCAAUGAUUGGGUUUGAAUGGAAUGCGGGAAAAUUCUUCUGGUACUUGUUCAUGAUGUUUUUCACGUUGUUAUACUUCACCUACUAUGGGAUGAUGUCUGUGGCCAUCACUCCCAACCAAAAUGUGGCAUCCAUUGUCUCUGCUUUCUUUUAUGGAGUUUGGAAUCUCUUCUCAGGAUUCAUAGUUCCAAGACCGAGGAUGCCUAUCUGGUGGAGAUGGUACUUCUGGGCAUGCCCAGUUUCGUGGACUUUGUACGGAUUGAUUGCAUCCCAAUUUGGAGACCUCGAGGAUAUAGUGGUUGAUGCAGGCAACUUGUCUGUGAAGAAUUUCUUGGAUUCUAACUUUGGGUUUAAGCAUAGUUUCUUGGGAGUGAUUGCAGCAGUGAUGAUUGCAUUCCCUACUAUGUUUGCUGUCACCUUUGCGUAUGCGAUUAAGGUGUUUAACUUCCAAAAAAGAUAGAACAAUGCAACAGAGUUCAUUUGAGCAUUAGUGGCAUAGCUUAGCAGUACUAUUGUGUCUCUGUAUGCAGGACACUACAUGAAUGUACUUCUCAUUAUUUUGUUUUCCAUUUGAUGUUUUGUAAAAAGAGAUUUAAUAUAAUUUU